AUGUCAAGCUACAUGCCGAUUUUACCAUUUUCUUCACUCACCCCUGGGGGGUACUUAUUUCACGACGGUCAGUUUGACAGUGAUCAGGCCCCCUACUCAUUUGUUUUGAACGCGGUUCCAUGGCUGAAAACGGCUAUAGUUGAAGUAACGUUUGCUACAGUACACAAGAAGAGAUCACAACCUAUCUGUGUGUUGUCAGAUGUUGAAAAAUUGUCCUUGACAGCCUACUAUUUGGAUAUUCGCAGUUGUCUUUCACUGCUUCAACGUAUUCCAAAACUAAAAUAUUUGAAAGUUUGUUUAGCAAAACACUCGUCGCCGUCCAACAAUACCGUCUCAUCACCAAUUCUCAGCUUGACAUUUCUGGUAUUGAGACUCAGUUAUUUAACAUUAGAUGAUUUAACAACAUUUUUGAAAUCUUUUCCAAAUGUACGUCGGUUGAAUCUAAUUGGUGAUCAUGUUAAUGAUUUGUGCUGGUGCAAUGAUGAAAAAUGGACACAAUUUUUUCAACUUUUUUCAAAUUUAAGACGGUUUAGUGCUGGCAUUUUUGUCUUUCACGAUACUUCAUCAUAUUUGCUGUUGAAUGAUACAAAUUUAAAAUUUAAGUUAAACAAAUAUUUGGCGCAACGUAAUUUUAGAAUGGAAAAAUACUCGGUUCAAGGAAGCUGGAUUAAAGCUAAUUACAAAGAGACUCAAUAG